AUCUUUUGACACAAUGGUGAUGUUGAUAUAGUGAGUAGUUUUGAAUCUGUUGUUUUGGUCUGUAUUAAGUUAUUUUGGAACAUUGAUGAGCACAGAUAUUGCAAAAUCUUUCUACAAACAAACAAAGGAAAAUCAUCAUCUUCCUUCCAAAUUCCAAUUUCCUUUCCUUUACUCUUGUUUCAGUAUUUCCUUUAAAACAAACAGUAUCAGUGCCUCAUUUCUUUCUUCAUAAUACCGAACCAUUAGAAUCUAGCCUGACUUAGGGAUAAAGGAAAAGAAAAAGAGAAUUCGAUCAAACCCUUGCUUCCUUGAUGGUCAUGGCUGCGAUUCAGAGUAUCAACACAGUGGCAGAGGCUAUGCCCCAAAUCACCAAAUUCUCUCUUCAAGCCCCAAAAUUGGUGGAGGUGGAAUUUUCCGAUGGUCGUGUAUUCAAGUUGUCGGCUGAGUUUCUAAGAAUAAUCAGUCGUGUAGUUGAUGGAAAAACAAGAUCAAUUGGAGGUGAAACGGUAAUAUCAGGGAGACGGCACGUAGGAAUCAUGUAUGCAGAACCGGUAAUGAACUAUGGGGUAAGGAUUAAUUUUGAUGACUUGCACAAAACCGAAAGCUAUUCGUGGGAUUAUUUCUAUCACCUGGGAAGUAACAAGUUUACCCUCAUGACAAAUUACAUCAAAACAUGGAAGAAAUAUGGGCUAAGCCAGGAUCCACGUAAAAAAAUGAUGCAGGCAUCCGCUUUUUGA